ACAUUUUUUUUUUUUUGGCGUUUAAAUGAAAUAUAGACAGCAGUCACGCAAUGGCCUUUUGUCCCCUACACAGAGGCUUAGCCUAGAACAAAGCUUUGUUCUUUUGCAAUGAAUAUUGAUCAGACCAAGCGUUAUAUCACCAUCAUCAACAAUCCGAUGAAGAAGAGGCUGUUUGGCUGAUGGUGUCUACCAUAAACAAGAUUCAAUUGACAAAAGGCAGACCCACACGAAUUAUCUUGAAACAUGGUUGUCAAACACCAGGUGUUUAUCGCUGUCUAUUGACUAAAAAGAACCAACAACAACAUAAAGAUACAAUCCGAGAGAAAAAGAUCAAAGGUGUCCACAAAGUGAUCGAUCUAAAGCAUCUUAAAAAACAAUACAAUACCCCCGAAUCCAAGAGACAACUCAUGCAAGACUUUGGCAUGUUCAUGGCUGAAAAAUCGAUUGUGACAGAUCUAUACAACGUACUUGGUAAAGAAGUAUAUAAAAAGAGAAGAGAACCUAUUCCUAUUGAUCUGCACAAACCUGACUUACAAAAAGAAGUAUUACGUACAGCCAAAUCAACCUAUAUGAAUUUCCAUACAGGUUCAUGUUAUGCUGUCAAAAUAGCCACGACUGGACAAGACGAUAAAAUUGCUUUUGAGAAUUUCAUGUCUGCUUAUGACAAGAUUGUGGCUGCUACACCAGGAGGUUACGAUAACAUUCGAUCCUUUCAAAUUAAAACUGCUAAUUCUAUCAGUUUACCUAUUUAUGAUGUCAAGACAGACCAUGUAGAUCACUAUGAAGAAGAGGAUGAACAAGAGGAUGACCUUUUAAAAUAAAUUUUUUUUAUAUAAUUUUCUUUUUUAUUCUUUUUUUCUCUUUCUUUAUCCAUGUCCUUGUUGUCUAAAGUCUUUACUUUGCAACCCACUGUUCGAUUUCAUUCUACUACUGCUUUUUUAAAAGAUUUUAUGACCACUCAAGAAAAAGGCCCUAUUCAACUCUCGAUUGAAUCAAAGAUUACAGAUGCUUUGCAUCCUACCAUCUUGGAGACUGUGAAUGAAUCUCAUUUACACGCUCACCAUGCUGCCAUGAAAGGCAACACCAACAAAGAAACACACUUCAAGU